AUGAUUAAAAAAUGUGCAAUAUUGGCGUUAUUUCUGCUAAUUGGAAUCGAUUGCCAGAAGAAAAAUAUAAUUGGAUUAACAUCUGAAGAUGAACAGGAGUUGCAUAUAAAAAAGACUCAAACUGCUGGGCUUAAACUUUCAAAUGAUGACUUAGACUGGGAACAAAUCGAAGAACAACGUGCACAAAAGAAAGCCAAUAAUGUGGCAACAACUUUUAGCGAUGAGUAUGUUCCUGAAAAGGCUUCAGUCAUGUCAUCAACAAGUGCUCAUGAAGCUGGAAUGCUUUUUACACAAGCUUUAUCUUAUACCGAAAAAGGAAAAGGUCAUGGUAAAGAUGGAAAAAGAGCAGCACAUAGAUUGCUCGAACUUGCUGCCCAGCUAGGACAUCCGGAAGCAAAAAAGAUCACUGCAUACGGACAUCUUUUUGGUGAUUACACUCGUUGGUCUAUAGAGGAAGCAAAAAAGACAUUCGUUGAGUUGGAAUCGACUGGAUCACCAGAUGCUCAAUUGGGGAUUGGAUUCAUGCACGCGACCGGAGUUGGAAUGGAAAAAUCUGAUCAAGGAAAAGCGAUAGUUUAUUACAUGUUCUCUGCUUUAGGCGGUAAUCCGUUGGCUCAAAUGGCUAUGGGUUUUCGAUAUCAUUCUGGAGUUGGUGUUCCUCAGAGUUGUGAAUCUGCACUUUCAUAUUAUCAAAAAGUUGCGAAAUUUGUUGCUGACAAUGUUAGGCUGACGACAAGUCAAGCUAUUCAACGCGUUCGUCUUACUGACGAAAAUGAUCCAACAAUCACCGUCCAACCUGGAACAACACCAUUAGACAAUAAUCUUCUUGAAUACUAUCGUAUGCUCGCUGAUAAAGGCGAUGUAUCUUCUCAAUUGGGUCUCGGACAGAUUUAUUUGAAUGGUGGACGUGGUGUUGAACAAAAUUUUGAACUUGCACACAAUUAUUUCGACGCGGCUGCAAAGAGUGGAAAUAUGGAUGCGCAUGCUCAGCUUGGAAAAAUGUAUUUAGAAGGAACACCGUCGACUCCUAAGGAUGGUGAAAUUGCAUUUGGAUAUUUGUUGAAAGCAGCAGAUAGGGGUUCUGCUAGUGCUCAAGCUACUCUUGGACUAAUGUACAUGAAAGGUUUAUCCGUGAAAAAAAAUUUCGACAAAGCCUUGAGAUUGCUCACUCUUUCUGCGGAUAAGAAACAUGUUGAAGGACAGCUUUACCUUGGAGAACUUUAUUAUAAAGGUGUACCAACUUCAGCAGGAAUUAAAAGAGAUUUCAAAAAAGCUCUCAAACUGUUCCAAAUGUCAUCUCAAAGUGGUCAUAUGCUCGGAUAUUACAAUCUCGCUCAAAUGCAUGCAACUGGUACUGGUGUUGCUCGCUCGUGUACACAUGCCGUCGAGUUAUUCAAAUCGGUGGCAGAGCGUGGCAAAUGGGGCGAACGAUUGAUGGAAGCCUAUUCGGCAUAUAAGAAUGGCAGACAAGACGAAGCGGCAAUGAAGUACUUGUUCCUCGCCGAGCUAGGAUAUGAAGUUGCGCAGACAAAUUUGGCGUACAUUUUGGACCGUGGAGAAGCGACUGCACUGUUCCCGGGAUCAAGAGAAAAUAAUUUAGAACGAGCUUUUGUAAAUUGGCAAAGGUCUGCAAAUCAAGAAUAUCCAGUGGCUCGGGUGAAACUCGGAGAUUAUUAUUAUUAUGGUCUUGGAACCGAGCCCGAUUUCGGAAUGGCUUUUAUGAACUACAAAACUGCUGUAGAUCGUCAUGCUGUUGCUCAAGCUAUGUUUAAUCUUGGAUAUAUGCAUGAAGUAGGAGAAGGAAUUUCUAGGGAUCUUUAUCUUGCAAAAAGAUUCUAUGAUCAGUCAAUAGAACAUAAUGCAGAUGCUUAUUUCCCGGCGAAGUUGGCACUGGCAAAAUUGGCUGUUGUAUUUUAUCUCGAGCAAAUUAACAAGUUGCCAUUGUUUUCGUUUCUUGAAAACACACUCGGCUCGCGAUGGGAUAUCAUAGCAAUGAGAACUGGACCAGAACUGUGGAAAACUUUGACUUCUGUUUCAAAAUCAGGACAGAAGAAAGGUCGUAGGAAUACUAGGCAGCCUGUGAGACCUUUGAAUCGCUUUUACAGAAUUGGAUCAAGUCCAAUGAAAGUGGAAUUUGCUGGUUUAAAUGCUCCAAUUAGAUUAAAGGAGGAUCAACCAUUGGUGGGAAUUGUCGAGCAAACUGAAGAUGAGGUUAGAGAAAAUUUCGGGAGCGUAAAGCGAAACCUCGAAGAGCGUGAUACUGGAAAAAAGAAGAGAAAUCGCGAAAAGCUUCAUCCGAUGGAACGAGGAUUCUCUGGAACACAGCUUGUAGGUCAGAAAUUGGGUCCGCCACCACCUAUUGAUGGUGUCGAUUUCAGCGACUUUGAAACCUAUUGUCUUGAGGUCAAACGAACGUCAAACAUGACGAAUGUGUUCGGUCGUGUUCACACCAUGUCAGCACUAAUUGUCACGGGUAACGGCAAAGGUCUUGCUGGUUACGCCGUUGGAAAAGCGCCAAUCCAUCGUACUACGACAGCAAUCAUUAAUGGAAUGAACAUGGCGUCCAAAAAGUUGUUCUUCGUCGAAUUGCACGAGGAUAGAACCAUCUAUCAAGAUUUCUAUGCAGAAUGCAGGAACACACGCGUGUUUGCCCAACGUCGUCCGCUCGGCUACGGUCUCGUUUGUCAUCCUCGACUGAUCAAGAUCUGCGAAGCUAUUGGAAUCAAGGAUAUUUACGUUAAAGUUGAAGGAUCCACCAAAAAUUAUCUAGCCUUAACACAUGCUUUCGUUACCGGACUACUGAAUCAGGAGACACACCAGCAGCUCGCUGAACGAAAAGGACUGCAUGUUGUGGAAAUGUCACCUUCAAGACAUUUCCUACCCCAAAUUGUGGCAUCACCAAUUUCUACUGAACUUAAGGUCGAGGAUGAGCUCGAAGCUUUGGAUAGACUCAAUCUCGAUGAUUUCUACGGUGAAGGUCGCUAUCCACUGCGAAAACCAAAGGCGUUACCAUUCUUCUCAAAUCUUGAAGGCCAUUUGAAAGCCCGCUGGAGGAAACAUCCAUUCCGGAAUCAUGAGGAUGUUAUGGUACGACUCCUUGCUGAUGGUGUCGUGCCACGAUGGACAAGAGAUGUUAGAGCUGGAUGGGCUGCAGAGCGACAUGAACGAAUGGUGGCAGGUGUCGAACCAAUCCCAGUUGGUAUUGGGCUCUCUGACAUCGUGCCAAAGAAGGAAUAG